AUCGUAACUGUCAGUUUUUGAAGUGCGGAGUUCUAAACCGAGUAUUAGAUUUCUAGUUUUGAAUGAUUUUCCACUUUUAUUUUAAGUUUUUAAAUGUAAAUUAAUUAUGAUUCAAACUUAUAUAAUUUUGGACUUGGAAACUACAGGACUUCCUUCCACUAACUAUGGGGAAACAAAAAUUACUGAAUUAUCUUUGAUAUCUGUUUCCCCUAACCAUUUUGAUGAUAUCUCGGUAGGAUGUAUACCACGAGUACUAAAUAAGUUAACAAUGUGUUUUCAUCCUCAAAGAUUUAUUGCAGAAGAGAGUAAAAGGAUCACAGGAUUAAGUAAUGAACUUCUUGAGUCACAAAGAACAUUUGAUGUAAAGGUUUGUGAGCUAUUGGAAAAUUUUAUUAUGGGUGAACCCCAACCAGUUUGUUUGCUUGCUCAUAAUGGCUAUAGAUUUGAUUUUCCAUUAUUGCAAGCUCAUACCAAAAUUUUAGGAAAGCCACUUCCAGAUACAUUGUUAUGCAGUGAUACAUUACAUGCAUUCAGAGAAUUACAAAUUCUAGAAAAACCACCUCCUUGGCAGAUUCCUCAUGAAGUGAUUCAGCCAUACACCCCUCCCCAAAGAGAAGAUGAUGAUUGGAUUAACCAUUCUUCUACUGAAAUAUGCAGGGUCAUAGAUGAAUUGGAAAAGUCAAUCUUAAGUGAUGAUAUUCAUCUUAGUUUAGAUUAUGUAUAUGGAAAGACACCCGAGAAGAAGAGACUUCCUAGGGAAGAUCCACCACCGAGGAGAAGAGAAAGUGUACCUCAAGGACCCACUCAAUCAGUUCCAUCCAAAGUCAGAAGGAAUUUGUUUGGAUCUCAAGUUAAAAAACCAUCUUAUAGACUUGAAAAUGUAUAUCAACAUCUAAUGAAAAAAAAAAUUUCGAAUGCUCAUUCUGCUGAAGGAGAUAGUUAUGCUAUUCUUGAAUGUAUUAGUGCAAUUGGUCCUCCUUUUCACAACUGGGUAUUAAGUAAUCACAGGAAACUAUCCAGCAUUUUAAAAUUGUGGUAAAUCCUGUGUGUUUAUAUUAAUGUGUCCUUAAUAUAUCAUAAGAUAUUUUUGUUUUAUUAAUUUAUGGUCUUCUGUUUAUAUUCUGAAUUGCCAUAGAAUUGUUAUUAAUAGCAUUUGGAGCUUCCAAGGCAACCAAUAAGCAAUAGGUUAUUGUUAAAUUAAAGUUCAGUUUAGGUAUUAUUCGUGGUGCCAAAAAUUUAUGCCCUGGUUAAUUCCAUUUUUUUCAACAUACUUCAUUGAAUUUGUUAGGUAACUUAUCUUUGACCUCUCUUACCUUUUUAGAGCACCUUGUGCAUCCCAAUCCAUUGUAAUUUUUUGCUCAGCUGUAACCAAUCUAUUUCAAGUCUAUCAAUUUUAUUAUUUUAAACCUAUUCUUAAUAAUCAUCUGUUACCCAACACUUAACACUUUUGUAUAAUUAUCUUAGUCACUCUACGUUUCAUAGGUAUUUAAUAAUAUAAAUACAAUCUUUUAUUGCCAGUGCACAAUUGUGUACCCUUCAAGAUUCUCUUGUUUUUCUAGAUAGUUUAUAACUAGAUAAAAGCAUCAUUGCCAUUAUAAAUUAUACUUUUUGGUUCUCCAUUUUGAUUUACAGUGCUUCCAACAUAGUUAUGAGUUAGUUCUUUAUAAGAGCUAAUCAUGGCAACCAUUUUUUGACUCUCAUUUUUUUUUUGUCUUAAAUAUUGUGGUCAAAACCAAUUAUUUUUUGAAAAUAAUUAUUUUUGUGUAUACCUCUGUUUAUAACAACUUGAAAUUGGAAAGGUGACAUUAGAUUUCCUAAGCAUAUUGUUGUUGUGGUUUUUACUGUCCUAGUUAUAUGCCUUCAUGAAAAACACAAUAAUCAACAUCUUUAAAUACCUAAUAACUUUACAAGAUUUAAUUUUUAGUUUGUGGAUUCCGUACUUCUCUAUUGAUAAAAAGGUUUUGUCGAAAUCUAUUGAUACCGUACACAAUGGGCUUUGCCAUUUCCUGCUUACAUUUCUCUCAGCUGGUUUAAUACUGCCUAUUCCUAUUUAAGUAUUGUGUCUAAUAUUUUAUUUUUAGUGGUUAUUUUGUCAUAUUAUUGAUCUUUUAAUAGGCUAGAAAAGACCGGUUUUUCUAUUUUACCAUGAUUGCUUUUAGUUCCAAGUGUUACAUCUAUGGCACAAGAAUAUCAGAGGAGUUUUGAUGUAGGAAAUAGAAUUUUUUUUUCAUUUUCAAAAUGUAUUUCCUCUGUUAAAAUCUUAACAAUAUCUGCUGUAAGAAGUGAAAUAUCAACUAUUUUUAUAUUAUAAAAACAUUAUAAAAGCUGUUAUAAAAUAGAUAGGAUAAUAUUUUGUUAGAUAAACAUCUCAAAAUAAGAAGGUGGAAAACAAUUUAAAAAGAUUAAAAUUAGUCCUUAAAAUUUCAGGAGUUCAUAAUUGGAGCAAAACUGCUUUAAAAGACAUAAAUAUGUUUUUAAAAACACUCAUUAAGUCAGAUCCCAAAAAACAGAAAAGGGACAUAUGUUUUAGCCCUCAUAUUUUCAGUUGCAUACAUUUGUUAGUUCUAUGGGGAAGUCUAAAUUUUUGUUCCUUGACUUGAAAAGUCUAGAUAAAAGAAAAGUUUCUUUAACACAAAUCAAAGCUAGAAUCUCACUUCAUGGCUUGACAAACAUCCAAAUGAACUUCAUUUGUUUUGUCUAAAAUUGUCUCACCAUGGGAGGUUACGAACAUGUGGUCACCAAUUUCAGUGAAACUUAUUUUGGUAAUUCUAGAUCAAAAAAUAUUAGACCCAUGUCUGAGGAUUCUUGCCAAUUCACCAUUGGAGUCGAUAAAAAAAAAUUAUAUAUAGUUUCAAAUAAAAUUUAUGUUGUUAAUUUGCUUUGCCCAGAUUUUAUGAAAAAAAUUUUAAUGUUUCAAUUGCUCUGACAAUUCGUAUUUUAGUGCUUUUUGGGCUGAGAAAAACUAAAUCAACUUUGUUUCUCCCUAACUAUUAAACUAUUUAUCUCCACAUUGCUACGUUGGUUUGUUAAAUUUGUUCCUGCUGAGUAGCAAAAAAAUAGUUCUAGGUCUGGCUCUAAAGUAAAGAAUUUUUUAAGGAUAAACAAAAUUGACAUUCGUUUUUCUCACUUAAAAAACCCUUAAAUUUUUAUUGGAAUCGAGACAUUUUUGCAUGAGAUUUUUGCCCAGAGUUGAGUGGACCCUUCAAAAUUCUGUCACCAACCACAAAAAUUAUAACUUUAGAAUCACUCCAACGAACAUUACUAGAAAAUUAAGGCUUUGACCUAUCUUACCAUGCUACAUAAAAUGCUAUGUAUAUAAUUUUGAAGAAAAUCCUGGGAAGCUUUGAAUACUUUAGUUAAUGGCCGGAAAAACAAGCAUCCUAGAUAAUUAAAUACUAAAGUAUGUAAUCUUUGAUGUCUUAUUAUAAGAAUUCAUAGUUAUGCAAUUUAAAGAACAUGAAUGUUAACUUUCUUUUUCAUAAAAACAAAUUUACAUAGCCUAUUUUACCGGUAGCAUCUUUUGGUUUUUGUUAUUCAAGAUACUUUAUGACUCAUUUUAUACCAUAACCAAUAUUCGUUUCUUAUUCUGCAGAAAAAAAGAAAUCAAUUGGUAUAUAAUAACCUAAAAAUCCAAAAUUAAUCAAAUCAAAAAUUAAUUACAUACAUUUUAUUUCAAAUUACAUAAAAUAUUGUUUUUCUCGGCUUCUAAGGUUCAUUGGCUAGAACCCUCGAACAUGGUUCUAAUAUUUUUUAACAUAUCACCAAAAAAAGUUUCAUUGAAAUCGCUCCGUAAUCUCCCCCUGUCAGUGGAUGGACCUAUACGUUUUUAACUGACAGAAAAAAAAUUCUUGUAAGAAAGUACUGUCUCUCGGUCAAUGAUUGUGCAUUAAGGUGAUUUGACAGAGCUCACGCUAAUUGAAACUAAACCUUUUUUUAUUAAUAUGUAUAUAUUUUAUUUUGGGUUUUGAGCUUUAUAGGUCAUUGAUUAUUUUAGGUUCAUUAGCAAACAUUAUUAAUUAUGAUAUCGGUAUUUUAAUGUAGUAAAUGUGUGUGUGAAUACUAGGCAAAAUUUCAGUCUUUUAUGAUAAUAAUUUUUUUUUUUUUAUCCAUUUUGUCAAAACUGAAAGUUCAACAAUUUAUUUGUUUAGCUUGAUAAUAUCACUAUCUUUUUUUUUCUGAAAUACUUUGGCUAUAACCUUUGCAAAAAUAUGAAGACAUCCCAUUUAAUGCGCUGGUUUUCUUCUGUAUAGCCAGCAUUAUAAUUAUAUAAUUGUUGUAAAUUAGUGAAUAUAUUGCAAUAAACCAUUAUAAGUUGUGUUUACUUAACCUCUCUGAUGUCCGUUGUCUUACCUGUAAUAGUGGUUCUCUAAAAAAAUCAACUCAGAAAGAGAAUGCG